AUGGAUCACUUCCACAACAACGAUCUGGAGUACGUAGUUAAUGAUCCCUUUGAAGACGAUUUUUUCAGCGAAGACGAACCUCAAAGAAACAACGAUUUGGAUGAUGAUGUGGACUCUGAUUUUGAAGAUGAAUUCGAAUCGAGUAAGCCGAAGACUGACACUUCUGCUUUAGAGGCAAGAAAUGGCAAGGAUAUACAGGGAAUACCCUGGGAGAGGCUUAAUUUCACUAGAGAUAAGUAUCGUGAGACGCGUUUAAAGCAAUAUAAGAAUUACGAGAACCUCUCUCGCCCUCGGUUUGAGCUUGACAAGGAAUGCUUGGAAGUUGAGAAGGGAAAGACUUUUUAUGACUUCCAGUUCAACACAAGGCUUGUCAAAUCCACAAUUGUUCAUUUUCAGCUGAGGAAUCUGCUGUGGUCAACAUCAAAGCAUGAUGUGUAUCUUAUGCAAAAUUACUCAGUUAUGCAUUGGUCAUCAUUACUGCGACGAGGUGAAGAAGUACUCAAUGUGGCUAAGCCAAUUUCUCCAACCUGGCAACGCCCAGGAUUGUUGUCUCAGUCACUAUCCAGAGUGCAGAUAAGCACUAUGGCUGUUAAAGAGAACUUAAUGGUGGCGGGCGGUUUCCAGGGAGAACUUAUUUGCAAGUAUCUGAAUCAACCUGGAGUUGCAUUCUGCAACAAAAUAACAACAGGUGAAAAUGCCAUAACCAAUGCUGUGGAUGUAUACCGUAAUCACAAUGGCUCAAUGAGGAUUAUGGCUGCGAAUAAUGAUGCUCUACUUAGAGUGAUUGAUGCUGAAACUUUUGCUUCCCUAAAUUGUUUCUCCUUUGAUUGGUCUGUAAAUAACACCUCUGUUAGUCCAGAUGGUAAACUGGUUGCAGUGCUUGGGGACAGUUCUGAGUGCUUGAUUGCUGAUGCCAAUUCGGGGAAAGUGACUGGCAGCCUUAAAGGGCAUUUGGAUUAUUCCUUUGCAUCAGCCUGGCACCCUGACGGGCACAUUUUGGCCACUGGAAACCAGGACACUACAUGCAGGCUUUGGGAUACAAGGAAUCUGUCCCAGUCCCUCACAGUAUUAAAAGGGAAUAUGGGAGCAAUAAGAGCUCUAAAGUUCACCUCAGAUGGCCGGUUUUUGGCUAUGGCUGAGCCUGCGGACUUCAUUCAUGUUUUUGACGCACAAUCUGAUUACGUCAAAUGCCAGGAGAUUGAUCUAUUUGGGGAGAUUGCUGGCAUUUCUUUCAGCCCCGACACAGAAGCUCUUUUCGUUGGUGUUGCUGACCGUACUUAUGGUAGUUUGUUAGAGUUCAACAGGAGGCAUUACAAUUUUUACUUGGACUCAAUAUUCUAG